AUGGGGUUCAGAAAAAUACUUGCUAGCAAAUCGCAUCACAGUCGUCAUCACAGUCGCCAUCACCAAAAUCUCAAGUGGCAAAACCAUCGUCAUACACUUAUUUCUAAUGUUACUGGAUCCCACGAGACAAAAUAUCUAUCACCGUCUAGGAUUGACAAGAGUUCAGGAAGUAGAAGACGUGAUAGAUUACAAGUAAAGAUUAGAUCGUUAAGAGACAAAAUUCAUAGACAGUUCCAUCCAUCAUGCAUAAGUGAUAAAACGAGCACAGCAGUAGAUAAUGAAUAUCCUGCAUGCAAAGAGACCAAAAAGGAUGUUUUCACCGCUAUUUCAUUAGAGGAACUAUUUCCCAAGUCCAAUCGGUACCAAAUUCGUGAAGAAAACGAAGAAGAAACAAAUAGCGUUAUCCACAGAGAUUUGGGUAGAGUUGAGAAUGAAAAUGACUUUCCAAAGUAUGGAAACGUAGAAUAUGAACACCACCUUGAAAAUAUCCAAUACGAUGAGGAUGAAAUAGUUGGUAAACUCAGGUCUGAAAUUAGAAGCACAAAAUUGAGGUCUGUUAAAACGACGAACAGGACGCUUGAGAAAGCCAUGGAGGCUCAAAUGUCUGGAAAGAGAGUUCUUCAACAACUGAGUUGUCAGAGUAACCAACUCACCAAUAUCGAAAACAAUUGUGAUAUACUUAAAAACCAAUCUAACGUGGCAGACCAAAAAAUUAGCGAACUCAUCCAUGAGAAUAGAAGCUUGUUUGCAUUGAAGUCACCAAAUCCUUUCAGGAAAAAAAGAGAGAGGGAAAAACUAAAUCAGAUCAACAAUCUAAAGUUAAAACAGUGUCAGUUACAGCAAGAAACUAAGAAACGAGCCCAGGAAUCUGGAAAAAACUUAGCCAUCAACCUUACUCCUGGCUACACACGGUAUGGGCAAGAGGAAGAAAGAAAGCAUAUUCUUAAAGAUGCUCAAAAGUAUCAGUUUGAGCCCGAUGAAGACGACAAUCGAAUCGAAAUUGACUUGUAUGGGAACUUGGAAAAAAUAAAAGUAGUGAGCAGUAACCUGAAGGUAAUGGCUCACGCUUUUGGCAGAGAGUUUGAAGCACAAAACACCAGGAUGUUUGAUAUUGAGAAUAAUGUUCAACAAGUGGACGGUGCUUUGCAAGCUAAGCGAUAUAGAUUGGAUAAAGUGGUAGGAAGAAAAUGGUAA